GGAGUUAAAGGGCUUUCAAUUGGAUUAUUGAUUGAAUGUAUUUUGCAAACCAAGUCUUCAUUUAUUCAUUAUUUAAGACUUUUCAUCACAUUUUGUAACUACUUUUUGGUCCUAAUAUUGCGCAACAAUGUCUCGACAGACCCAGAAGAAUGUGGAGUCCAAGAACAAAGUGAGUUGCGAUUUAUUUACUCUCACUUAUGGCUCACUUGUGGCACAACUCAUCAAAGACUAC